AUGACAGACAUCGUCCUACACUCCGAGGGCGCUUCGCGAGGCCGGGCCACUCGCUUCCGGGACUUGAUCCAUCCCCCCGUCAUCCGGCAGUGGAUAGCGGGGGGAAAACUCUACCGCGAGCGAGGAGAACGUUCUUCCCCGCGCAUAGAACUCUUCCUCGACCUCCUCUACGUCGGGGUAGUGCACCAGCUCGCCGAUGCUGCUGUUGAAUCGCCUUCUGGGGCAGGAGUCGCGCGUUUCAUACUCACUUUCUGGCCGAGUUGGAGUGUUUGGGAAGAGGCAAGGCGGUAUUCCAACGUCUCGGGAACUGAUGAUCUCGUGCACCGCGUGUGGGUACUAUUCGGGAUGCUGUGUAUUCUGGGGUACACGGCGAAUGCGAGUGCCAUCCCGCUGCCUGGCGAGGCCCACUCCGCGGCUGAGGAGGUGGUGGCACUACUGAUGCGCGCCGAAGGGGCGGCAGCUGAGGGUGCGGCGGGAGCGGCGGGAGCGAGUGCAGUGGUUGAGGAUGAGCACUCGCCCGUGCGCGCUGCUGUCGCCUUCUUCCUCGUCAUCAAGGCGACGCGCGCAGUCGUACUCUUCCUGUACGCGUGGUGGCUCCCCGUCUUCCGCAGCUCCCAGGUCUUAUCCGGCAUAGCGGUCACAGUCCCGAUGCUAGCCUACCUCCCCAUCAUUUGGGUCCGCUCACGUCGCGCCCAAAUCGGCUGCGCGGUAGCAGGAAAUGUGCUGGACCUAAUGCGCUUCGACAUGAUCCUGUACAACAUUUACGGGCGGUACUUGCUCUCCAAGCGGCGGAGGGAGGUGAAGCGUCAAAUCGCCUCUGGAGAGCUCGAUGCGUCCAAUGCGCCCGAUACCAGUCAUCCUCUUAUGAAGAUGGUUGUCCUGCCUGACCACAUGCGUAUUCCAGCGAUCAAUAUCGAACACUCCGUCGAUCGGAGCGGAGCGUUCACCGUCCUUGUCCUUGGCGAACUCGUGGCGAACCUCCUUUACAUUGCGAAGCCGGGGGAGUAUGGGGUGGGACAUCAGUUUGGCAAGGCAAGUUUGGGGUUCAUGGUUGCGUGGGCACUCAAUUACAUGUACACCCUGCCGUCCGACGAGCACAUUAUCAGAUACACGCACGCAUUGCGGCGCUCGUGGGUGACUGGCGUCCUGUUCAACUUUUUCCACUGGCCGUUGUGCGCGUCCAUCGUGCUCGCGGCAGCCGCGAGCAGCAGGAUGGUCAGCAGCGAUACCGGCGUCGAGCCGGGUGUCAAGUGGUUCUGGGGAGCCGGGCUCGGCGCCGCUGUUCUCUUCCUUGGUCUCAUCGAUAUCUUGCAUGGGGAGCAAGACGCCUGGAAUGUCGCUCGCAUCCCAAGGAUCCUGCGUUUUGCAACCGCAUGUGUAGGCGCGAUUCUGCUCGCCCUGUUCCCGCUGUACGCCAAGACGUUAGAUUCGACCAAGAUGCUCGCCCUAGCAGUCGGCAUAACCUGGGCCGUACUGGCAGUAUACGUAUUUGGCACACUCCCCAAACCCGGCGCCAUUCUUUCCGACGACGAGACAGAGGCGCAGCCAGUCGUGACUGUCACUGACCUGGAAUCUGGGGGCGGGUUCGAGGAACACCCGCACAGCGCAGACGAAGACUACCCCACGAAUCACAUGCACGACGACCACUCGCCUGAAGUCCAUGCCUUGAAGCCCUAG